GAUGUGAAGCCAGUGGGUUUCCUCCGCGGCAGACGGCGAUGGCGGAGACCGUGCUUCUCCACGUCGCGCCCACGGAUCUCCUCGCGCUUGCCGACCCAUGCGGGCCCACCGCACCGGCGUCCUCUUCCACGCGCCGUCCUGGCCAGAGGAGGAAGGGGAGGAGCGCGUGUGGGCCACAACCACAAAUCCCAUCCCUCUUCCUUCUCAAACACCAUCGCCGUCACCGUGUCAUCGCGGGCCGAAGUCCUCUCUCCUCCAUCUCAAGCGAUGGCAUGAGGUGGAUCUGUAGCACGUACCAGGACGCGGUCGACGACGAGCUAGGGUGCGCGUCCCCGCCCGUCUCCCCCACCGAGGCGCUGGACUGCCACGCUUCUGUUGCCACUGGACGUUUGCGCCGCCAUCGCCCGUGAGCAGCUCCGACGACCUCAUCGUCGCGUUGCACCUGCUCUUGUGCCGCAGCUCGGGUUACCGUCGGUGCCCACGCCGAGGAAGGCACGAACCACGCCGAGCAGCCCGAGGCGUGAUGCCACCUCUGAUGUCGCGCAUGAUGAGCUGCUUCGCCUCUAGCGCCGCCUUGUUCCUUCACGGUCUCACCUUGUUAAUGUUGACUUGCCCCGCCGUCAAACCAAGACGGUGUAUGAACUUGGGCUUCCAGGAUCUGUAAUACAAGCAUCUUCUACUCCGCAGCUAAGCUUGGAAGAGUUACAGUCUCAUAUAAAAUAGGUAAUUUUGUACUAAUUGUUUUUUAUUUUCCAAAAGGUGUGCCACUUGCAUUAGUAUUUUUCCAGUGCAGACGAUUAAAAACUACUGUUUUACAUCACCUCUCUAUCAUAGGAAUAGUUUACUACCCUAAUGCUUAUUCUAUUAACAUUGACAAAAAGAUAUAUCACUUGAAGACAGGUAUGUAUUUCAAUCUUCUAGAUUUAUAUUUCUUUCUUUACAUAUAUAAAAUAGGUAAGUUUGUACCAUUUGUUUUCUUUUUAAAAAGAGAAAAGGUACGACACUUACGUUAGUAUUUUUCCCAUCCGAAAACUAUUGUUUCCCGUCACUUCUCUGUCAUAGGAAGUGUUUCCCGUCAUAGGAAGAAUUUACUGUCCUAAUGCUCAUCCUGUUGGCUCUGACAAAAAAAUAUCUCACUUUAAAAUAGGUACAUAUUUCAAUCUUAAUUCUAGCCUUAUGUUUGGCUCUUUACAUAGUGGUUUCAUUUUUUCUCCCCUUGCUCUCAUCAUAUGAACAUUUUUACUCCAUUGAUUGUUCUAUUUACUUUAAAAUCGUGCCAUAAAAUAUAUGUUUUACUAUUAAAAAAUUAUAUCCCUUCACUUAUGUAUUAGUUAUAGAAUUACAAUUAUUUUUUAUUUUCCUAAAAGUUUAGAAAUGUUUUAGGCGAACCAUGGAUCUUUAUGUUUGUGAUAAUGUGUGUAUCUAUCCGGCUACACUAUUCAAGUCUCUUGCCAUUAAGUGUUUAUAAAAUAUGUUGCGUUGUUCUUACCUUGAUAUGUGGUAAGGUCUUCUUACCUCUUGAUUAUCUAUGUAUGCCUUAAUUCAUAUACUCCGAAAUAAUCUUUACUGUUAGCUAUGAACAGUGGCGGAGGAGCCAUUAUGGCUUAGACGCUUAGUAUGGCACCAGCCAUACCUAAAUUUUUAAGAUGUUUAUCUUUUUUUAUUAUGAACAAAGAAGAAAGUGUGUUGUCGUGGAUGUGCUGGUUUGAUUCAAGUGGCAUGUCCUGAGUUCAAUUUACAUUUCCUGCAUUCUCUAUUUUUUCAACCAUACCUCAUUUUUUAUUUGUCCUCCGCUAUUGGCUAUGAAUUUUUUAUCAAAACUAUCUUCAAGUGCAAGUGCAUCUAACAUCAAUUCAUUCAAACAUUUUGUUAAAGAAGAAAAUGACGUCUAAUCUUCUCUUUAUGUACAUCGCGCGCAGGACGCGCGUCAUACACUAGUUAUAGAUUUAGUACGUGUUAUAUGCCGGUUAUGUCCACCGCCGAUUUUUACACUAAUCUUUGAAAAACUGCAGCGGCAGCAAGGUUUCUUUUUUAUUUUUAUUUUUCGAAUUUUCUCGUAUGUGUAUGCGAUGUAGAUUUAUGACUUAUGGUCGUUCAAGUUAAAUAGCUUGCGUUUAUAUUUAUAACUCACGGUUAUAAUUCGUGUUUAAAUAUGAUAGUAUUCCUAGUCUAACGCACUCGACCUGCCUUGCUGUUUCGUCUGCCGCUCACCUGGCGUGCGGCCGCUGGACAACAGGACAACCGCCGACGCCGAAACCCUAGGCCCUACGCCAGUUUUCCAGGCCUUCGACGGUUCUUCCCUGGCCUUCGUCGCGUUCGCCAGAAAACCAUGGAGGGGGCUGAUGGCAAGCAAGAGUCAGAAACUACAUCUAUAAUCAAAGUUCCUAAAGAGCCUGCCAUCAUUAUCAAUGGCGUUCCAGAUUUUCCUUUUGAUUGCACAACUGGUUCUCAAUCUGCAGUAAAAAAUGACGCAGAAUCUCAUGUUGAUCCUCGUUUUGGUGAAUGGUUAGAAGGGAGGAAAGUGCGUAAGCUUUUUGGAGACACAUAUUUCGUCGGGAAAGUGGCCAAGUAUGACAUUGAAAGCAACUGGUACACCGUCAUUUAUGAUGAUGGAGACCAGGAAGAUCUUGAAUGGCGUGAACUUGAGAAAGUUCUACUGCCAUUGGACAUAACUGUUCCACUUAAAACACUUGUUAUCGACAAGUGCAAACUUAAGGGAUCAGUUUCUGACUCCAAACCAAAGGUGGGUAGACCAAGGAAAAUAUAUGCUACAGUGGAUGACAGUAUGGAGAAAACAUCACAUAUAGUUACACUAUCCCAGGGAAAUGAUACAAACAAUAAGAUGGCGAUAGUUAGAGUGGACGGCUUGCAGGCUAGUAAUCAACCUAGGAAGAGGGGCAGGCCUCGAAAAGAUACAUCUUUAUCUGCUGAUAAGCAGCCUAAAAAAAGAGGCAGGCCUCCAAAGAACAGGAAUGCACCUGGAAAUUCUCAGGGCGCUGAAGACACACCAGGUUCUGUGGCACUUGUGCCAGUGCAAGAUGAUACACAAGAAUCUUCUAGGAAACAGAAUAGCACCCUUAUUCGCAAUGCAAUGACAGCUCGGGCAGAAAGACUGAAAAGAGAAAAUUUGCGUGUUCAAAGCAGGAGAUCUAGAACUCGGUUAUCCUAGGAAGCAAGUGGUUUCACUUAUGCAAUGCAAUAUAUAUAGCUGCAAGCAUUUCAGAAUCUAUGUAUGAUGGUGACAUCUAGCUUUCUACACAUAUUUUGUACAACCCCGCAUACAUCAAAACUUGUAAAACUAAAUCUGCUAUGCCAAUGCUAUCGUAUUUUUUCCCUAUACAAUUAUGUUUCCAGUC